CACACUUGGAAUUAACUGGCGGGAAUCGUGUCUUCAUUGCAACACUUUAUAUAUUUUGUUGGAAGCUGCACUGCAUCACAAUGCAAAAGUCCAUAACAUCCUUUUUCAAAAGGAAAUCUGAUGUUCCAGAUGAGUCGCCGGAACCAAAGAAAGCUCCCAAAAUCAAAACUGAAACAAAAGUCACAAAAAAACCCACAAUCAAGAGUGAAGAUGGGUCCCCCGAAGCUAAAAUUAAAAUUAAGCCAGAACCAAUGACUGUGGACCCUCUAGAAUCACCAGAUGCUCCAAAAAAAGUAAAGGAUGAGUUGGAUACGGAAAACAAACCGGCAGCCGCCAAUGAUGCAAAAGAUGAAUCGGAUGCAGAGAACAAAGAAGCCGACCGCAAGGUUACAACCAUAGGCUUGGUCUCUACCUCAAAGGAUGGAAAAGAGGACGCUGAGAACUACGAUCCCUCCAAAGAGUCUUACCAUCCUCUGAAGAAUGCCUACUGGGCGUCAAAGAAAGUCACUCCUUACUUGGCAUUGGCACGGACGUUCCAAGUCAUUGAGGAAACCAAAGGCCGCCUCAAAAUGAUCGACACUCUGAGCAAUUAUUUUUGUUCGGUCAUGUUGGUCAGCCCCAGUGAUCUGGUGCCCAGUGUGUAUCUCAGUAUUAACCAAUUAGCUCCUGCCUAUGAAGGCUUGGAGUUGGGAGUUGCCGAAACCACGCUGAUGAAGGCCAUUUGCAAAGCCACCGGUCGAAAUUUGGCCCACAUUAAAUCGCAGACACAACUGAUUGGUGACCUGGGCAUUGUGGCCGAGCAGUCCCGCGUUUCGCAGCGCAUGAUGUUUCAACCGGCUCCCUUGAACAUUCGAGAUGUGUUCCGUAAGCUCAGGGAAAUCGCCAAAAUAUCCGGUCAAUCUAAGAUGGAUCUUGUUUACAACGUAUUUGUGUCCUGCCGAUCGUCAGAGGCCCGCUUCUUCAUCCGCUCCUUGAUUGGAAAACUACGGAUUGGCAUUGCCGAACAGAGUUUGCUGACGGCUUUAGCCAUUGCCCUGGUCAAGAAGAACCAUAUCGGUGACUGCAAAGCCAGCAAGGUGCCAGAUGCCUACAAAGAAGAAAUUGCAGAAACUACAUUGCUGCUGAAAACCGCCUACAGUCAAUGUCCAAACUACGACAUAAUUAUUCCUGCCAUUCUGGAGUACGAUAUUAAGGAACUUCAAGAACGCUGUCCCAUGCAUCCUGGCAUGCCGCUGAGACCUAUGCUUGCCCAGCCCACUAAGGGUGUUCACGAGGUUUUUGAAAGAUUCGGGGGCAUGCACAUUACUUGCGAGUGGAAGUACGACGGGGAACGAGCCCAGAUUCACUGCAAUGAGAAGGGCGAGAUAAGCAUAUUCUCCAGGAACUCUGAAAACAAUACAGCAAAAUAUCCGGAUUUAAUUGCCAGAAGCAAGAAUUUCCUCAAGUGCCCUGUUGAAUCCUAUAUCAUAGACAGCGAGAUCGUUGCCUGGGACGUGGAACGAAAGCAAAUUCUGCCCUUCCAAGUGCUAAGCACUCGGAAAAGAAAGAACGUUGACAUUGAGGAAAUUAAAGUUCAAGUCUGCGUCUAUAUAUUCGAUCUCCUGUAUAUUAAUGGAACGGCCUUGGUGACAAAGCCGUUGUCGGAACGUCGAAAACUACUUAACGAGCAUUUUCAGGAGGUUGAAGGGGAGUGGCAAUUCGCGACUGCAUUAAACACCAACGACAUAGACGAGGUGCAACAGUUUCUCGAGGAAUCUGUUAAAGGUAACUGUGAGGGUCUUAUGGUUAAAACACUGGAUCAGGAAGCAACUUACGAAAUAGCAAAGAGAUCUAGAAACUGGCUAAAGCUGAAGAAGGAUUACAUAUCCAAUGUGGGCGACUCGCUGGAUCUCGUAGUGAUUGGCGGCUACAAAGGCAAGGGCAAGAGAACUGGUACCUACGGUGGCUUUUUACUGGCUUGCUACGAUACUGAAAAUGAAGAAUACCAGACCAUCUGCAAAAUUGGAACAGGUUUCACCGAUGAAGAUCUGCAGACGCAUUCAGAGUUUUUGGGAAAACAUGUCAUUAGCAGUGCAAAGUCCUACUACAGGUACGACUCUAGCCUGGAGCCUGACCAUUGGUUUGAACCGGUGCAAGUGUGGGAGAUCAAGUGCGCCGAUCUGUCACUUAGCCCGAUCCACCGAGCGGCAAUUGGUAUCGUUGACGGGGAACGUGGUAUUUCGCUGCGGUUCCCCAGAUUCAUUCGUAUCAGAGAUGACAAGAACAGCGAGAAUGCCACAGACGCUAAUCAGGUGGCCCACAUGUACCAAUCACAGGACCUGGUGAAGAACAACCAAAAAACCUUAACCCAAAUGGAUUUGGAGGAUGAGUUCUAUUGACUGGACUCGCAAUAUUCAGAUUGUAACAUUUAUUUAAUAAUAAAAGUACAUUUAUUCGCCUAUUUGGCGAGGCUGGCCGAA